GAGCGCGGCUCCAUUUCGGAGCGCGUUCGCUCCUUCUUAUCGCCGUCGCUCAUAGACUCUCCAGAGUGGUUCUCGUCGUGUUCCCGUGUUUUGUUCCCUCGUGUUUGCGAGUUUAAUAUCUUGUGUAUCUCGUGGUUCAACGCCGAAAAGAAAGAUAGGCUUGGUUUUGGAAAAAAAGGACAAAGCGGAACAAGACGCGUUUAGUUCGCGCCGCUCGGAUUGCCGCGAUAAAAUCAAUCAUCGCGGAACAUAAAAAGUUGCCGGGAAGCGGUUCGAAAACUCGAAAUCAUUUGGGAAAGGCUAGAACCUCGGUUGACUCCUAACCUACUCCGACGUGAUUUCUUGGCACCAUUCUCGCGUCGGCGGCAGCCACGAUCGAUCGCCGCUGUUUUACCAACGCAACCUUGCUGAAGUCGCGCGUUGCGCCAUCCGCGCGACUCGAAGCACUCUCGGUCCAGGGAAAUACUACAGUGGCUUUAUCGGAUUUUCUUAUAUAUAUAUAUAUAGGCAGAUUAAUUAAAUUAAAUUAUUAAACUUUAUCUCUAAUUAGCAAACUUCUCGCUAGUUCUUUAAGUUCAUUUUGCAAGCUGCCGUUUAAUUUCGUAGAGAAGCAGGGGACAAUGACUAUUCAAGAUAAAAUAAAUUUUUAAGAAAAAUUUUGUUUAAAAGACUUCGUGCUACAUCUUGGAGUGGAUCAAGUGCGAAUUCUGUUAUUUCGAGAAUGCGAAUGGCGCGGCAGAAAGUUGCUGUUCGACUCGAUGACAUUGCAGAAACAGCGAAGUAAGAGCGAAAUUGUGCGCUCGAUGACGAGCAACAAUGCGGAGGGAAAGUGCAAGGCGCCCUUCAACGUAGGGACUGCUCGCGACUUCGAGUCUGAGAAGAUAGCUGAAGAUGACGUGAACUUACUGAGCGAGAUGGUGUUCGGCACCGUGGCGAUGACGUACAGAGGAUCGUCUUUCAAGGUUCACUCGAUGAAUUCCCCACCGUGCAUCAUGUGCACGAAGAUCUUCUCGGCCACGGAACACGGAGCGUGCAAACCGAGCGAGAGGCUGUCUGACGAGGGAUUAGGUCGCUCUGUGCGCGUAGAUUCCGCCUCCAGUAACACCAGCACACGCUCUUUUUUGUCUCAGCCGAGUUCCGGCAACCUGUCUGGCAACGACCUGCAUACAACACAGCGCAAAAAUUCGACAUGUUCGAGUCUUGGCAGCGGUUGGGACAUAGACAUGGUUGCAACGACGGGUAGUUCACAGUCGUUAGAGAGCAACGGAUCGUCCGGUGUUGGCAGCCUGUCCAGUCUACGGAGACGAUGGCUCAGGGCGAUCUCGACCUCCCUCGGGCGAUCAGACUCUGAUGACGCUUUCGGGAUGCAGCACUCGAGCGAAAACGGGAGCGACGGGCGUGACGGACACGCGAAACGUCACAAGACCAGACUGGGUUUAGCGAUGUUGGUGCGCUUGGCUCCUGGCCACGAGAGCAGCAACAUUGAGACGCGCCUUUUGGAGCACAUGGCCCUCUUAGAGGGAAUGCUGGAUCGCUUGCGCUAUUUUUGUAUCGAGAUCGGCAAUGUCCACGGUUCGGGCUGCAAGGGGAUGCAGCUGACUGAUAGGAUAUGCAAGGCGACAUCGCGAUUCGUCGUCUCGUUGUUGCACGCGCUUCUUAACGUCCGGAUUGACGCCGGCUCGCGCAUUCCUCUGCUCUGGCACGACGUUCUGCUGCACUCCGUGACGGUGAAGAUGAACACCGACACUUUGCAUCGCACUUUGCAACAGAUGUGUGAGUUAUUCGACGAGCUCGACACGAAGUCGACAAAUUUCUUCCUGAGCACUGUGGUGACAGCCGUGUUAACGUACCACCUCGGCUGGGUCUACACCGUGCUGUCAUCGCAUGAUCGUCAAACAGUGGAGAAAUUGGGCAGCUGGUACUCGUGCAAUCCGCUAUGGGCACAACUGGGCGAUCUGUACGGCGCGUUAGGUAACCCUGUGAAAGUCGCACACACUGUGAUCGCGGGCGAUCCUCGAAAGAGCGAACUGAUCAAUUCCGUCUUGUCGUUUCUGUCAUACUUUAUUCGCAGUAGUAUGAUACGGAAACGUCGUGAAUACCGUUGCUCGUCGCAGCGGGACCUGCAGGAGGCAAUCAGCCUGCUGGAACAGGCUCGCAGUAAGCGACCGUACUUGUUCAGUAACAAGAGGCCGACUUGCGCGUUCAACGAACGAGACACGUCGGGCCUCAGACGAGGUGGUGAAUCGCGUGUUUUGCCGUCGCGCAAAUCGACGAUACGAUCGUGCGACACCGGAACCGGCGACGUUAACGUGUCACGAUCUAUCGCUGCGCGAUUUCCUGCGGAACGGCCAAGGAUCUCGCGAUCCGCCAGUCCCUUGAAGCGUAGCGGCACCAUGAAAUCUGACCUUGACCGGCUGAUGACGAAAUCGACCGAGACGAUGGUUCCAGACCUUAAGUUCCCGACGAAGCAAGAGACCGCAUCACGAUCACCGCCUCGCGACAACAAUAAAUACGAAUCAUUGUUGGAUGAUCGACCGCCCAAAGAUAAGAACGAGAGUCUCGCAUCCAGUAAAGUGAAGAUAGUUGUAAGCGAGAUUGGAGAUCCGCAGGAGGAUACCGUAGCGAAGGAAUAUCAGCGAGAUUACCUGCAGAGUCCGUUGCAGAGCUUCGAGAAGAAACUGGACGCGCAUGUAGACGUCGAAGAGAGUCUCGCGACCGGCAAAACCGAACCUCAUCAGCCUAGCAACAAUAUAGAUCCGCUGAAGAUGUACUUCAGCCGACCCGAGUACCCGCUAAACAUUGAGAGCGGAUUUCCUGACGAAGGUAAGGAGUCCUCGCCGCAGGUCUUCUUCACCCUCGGCGGCGAGGACAAGUCUGCGAAGACGUUACCUUCGAGGCCACGGCUUGGUAACAGUUGUCAAUGCUCGUACACGUUCACGAGGGUGCCGAGCACGUCGGCACAGCUCCCAGAGGGCGUGCUGCGGAAAAUCAUCCAACGAAACUUUCCUGAGUCGUCCAAAAGCAUACAGCCGCCUCCUGGUACGGCUUCCGGUAUGGGCGCGCGAUCCAUAGGUUUCUGCUUGAGGUGUAACGGUCAAGGAUACGCCGCCACACAGGGUUACGACGGCAACAAGCAGGUUCUGGAGACGCCGACGAACGCAACGGAAGUGCUGCGCACGUGCGGCAGCACUUCUGUCGGUGACAGAAACGUAAGGAUGUCGCGAUCCAACAGCCUGGAGGCUCUGAUGGAAGCCAACAGCGUCGUGGAACUGCCAAUGCCAAGAUCGAGAAAAGUAUCGUCGAGCAAACCUGAUUUGACCGAAGAGAUGGGUUUCACGAGGACUCUCCUGCAGAACAGGAUAACAAACGACGAGACAAACAUCCUGGAUACGGGAUACACGUGGGGUUUGGUACUGCAGGGCGUGAUUAAGAAGAAGAAGAGGAGAAAAAAGAAAAAUACUCCAGAAGACGAGGGAGACAACAGCGAAACCGAUUCAAAGGAGAAUUGGUGGUCGUGUAUGCGCGAGGAAGUCGCGGCCAGCGUUCGAUUCCCGACGAUCGAUCAGCCAGUUGCUGAAGCGCUGUGUGUGCUGGCCGACCUGGACACCUGGCACGUCGGCAUCUUAUCGAACAACGCGCCUUGGCAAAGCCCGCCCUUGCCGGUGGGCAUGUCGCGUCUGGUGUCGAACAUGUUGGAAUCCUUCGCCUACGUGUGGCGAAAGUAUCACUCUCCUACCUACUGCAUAGCAAUUUUGGAAGCUAAACUAAGGGAACUGUGGUUAAGGAGCGAGGCCUUGGCAGAGAUGAUGAUGUCUGUGGAGGAGUGCGACGCCAACGUGAACAGCCUGACCAACGCUCUCGAUCUUGACGCGGCCGACAUACCGUUGCUGCUCGCCGUAGCAACCACUCAUUCGCCAGAAAUAGCGCAACGAUUUGGUCUUACGCUAACGUAAAUCUGUUCGGUCGUAUCUGAUGAGGUUUCCUCCUUACGUUGUUUCGUCGAGAAAAAGGAAAAUAGAUGCUUGCUCCGUAGCGCGUGUCGACGUAAGUGUGUAGCCGAUACUUAGGCACUUGCUCUCGAAGUCAUCUUCGAGAACCUUUUGAUUCACAUCGGAAGGAAAUAACGAUUGUUCCACCGCCGAGUACAUAUAGCGUAAUCUACAAAGUAGAUAGCGAUAUAUUCAAUCGUAAAUUAAAUUCACCGUAGCACACUACACAGAAUGCCUACACAGGACAGUUUGAUCGCACACCGCGGUCGCCGUGCGUUUUAGCGUUUUGUAGCGAAUUACACGCUAAUCUUAAUUAAUAUAAUGCGUAAUUAUGUGUAUUCGAUUUUUUUACAUGACUCAUGUGAGCUUGCCGUUGUAUAUGCACUCGAUCCGAGUGAAUAAUAAAGUCCGAAUCAGAUUUCUUAUCUCGCUGCAUUUCUUUGAAAGGAACGUAAGUUGUUCGAGCAUUCAACAUUUAAGUAAAGCUAAACGUGACAGGGAAGUUCAAUUAUCGAGUGCAAGCACAUCGACAACAUCAAUGAUGCGACCAUUGGAUCAAGUAACUUAAUAAAACGAACUUGUCCAUUUUUCGCCAAUUACAAACUCGGUCGACAUCUCGAAGCAAUAGCAAAUAACGUCACACAAUACGACAACUUCAUCUCUUUUUAUCAAUCGUCGAAGCACCCAGAAAUUAUGACAGUCCGACUAAAUUUGUUCCGCAGUAUCUAUGUGAUCUACGAAUCUCGUCACUGGCAUUGAUCAUUGUUUCUUCCAAAAGUCAUGGAAAUCUGUCCAGUUGAACCGUGAGCUGACUGCAGUAACUCGAAUCUUGCUUUCUCAAAAUCGCGCAUGCAUUUCACUCAAACUUAUAUAUGCCGUUUUAAGACAAACCUUAACUGAUAUUAUUAUCGUAGAGUUUCGCCAAAAAAGCCACCGUUGUCGAUUAUCGAGGCCAAAAAUAAAAUUCGGGUGAGAGCUUCAGAGAUAGCUUAAGAUAUAAAGGAAGAUGUUACGACGAGAUAUGACAUUUUUGAGAUUCAAAAUAUUUCUUUUUCUACCCUCUCGAUCCACGUUUCUCCUGGAAUAUAAUUGAUUUUUAGCUCGGUCACGAUGAGUGUUGCAACUGUUGCUGCUGUUGCACACCGCAGCCUACCUGUUA